AUGGCAUCGUCAGCAGCGCCGUCGCUGAACGCGGUGCUGGACCGGGUCCGGGGGGCCACUGAGCGCUCCGGCCGGAAUGUGCAAGAGAUUCGUGUUGUGGCGGCGAGCAAGACCAAGUCAGUUUCUGCUCUCCGUGAGGUCUACGACGCCGGCCAUAGAUUCUUCGGCGAGAACUACGUUCAGGAACUCCUUCAAAAAGCUCCUCAGCUUCCCGAUAACAUCGAGUGGCAUCUCAUCGGCAAUUUGCAGAGCAACAAAGUCAAGCCUCUUAUCGCUGGUGUUCCCAACCUUGCUUGUGUAGAAACCGUGGACGAUGAGAAGAUAGCAAAUCUUCUUGAUCGUGCUGUAGCAAAUGUUGGCAGGAAACCAUUGAAGGUUUUUGUUCAAGUAAAUACAAGCGGAGAAACUUCUAAAUUUGGUGUUGAACCAGCUCUGUGUGUGGAUCUUGUAAAACACAUCUCAACCUGCUCAAACCUUGAGUUUUCUGGUCUAAUGACAAUUGGCAUGCUGGAUUAUUCAUCCACCCCAGAAAAUUUUCAGAUGUUAUCCAAUUGCAGAAGUGAAGUUUGUAAAGCACUUGGAAUAUCAGAAAAGCAAUGUGAGCUGUCUAUGGGCAUGACUGGAGACUUUGAGCAAGCUAUUGAGAUGGGAAGUACAAAUGUUAGGAUUGGAACUGCCAUAUUUGGAGCCAGAGAAUAUCCAUCGAAAGAGAAGUAG